CUUACUUCCGAAAAUGCGUUCCACAUGCAGGAAGUGAGUUUUCAUCGACUGCUGCAGCCUCCCAGUGUCCGUGGAGAUCAGGGUUACACAGUAAUGAAGAAGAUCUCUGGUGAGUGUGAGAUACCCAGCAGCCAUCAUCGUGUGUCAGGCGGACUAAGCAGGACCCACAGCCCCAUCACAGAUCCUGGAACUCACCAACAAGAUCAUUCAGCUGCUGACAGGAGAGGAGGGGGAGUAUAUAGAGGAACACAGGGGUCUGUACAUGGACGUGAUGAUGGAGAAUCACCGGCCCCUCACAUCACUGGAUGGGCCCAGUAACAGAGAUACCCCAGAGAGAUGUCCCCGUCCUCUGUAUUCCCAGGAUUGUACAGAGGAGAAUCACAGGACCGCACAGGACGAUCAGGUAGAACGUCUGUCUGAUAUUAAAUCAGAAGACAUAGAAGGAGGAGAAGUGACUGAUAUAAAGAAAGAAGAUAUAGAGGGAGAAGAAGAGGUGUAUGUGACUGAUAUAAAGGCAGAAGAUAUAGAGGGAGAAGAAGAGACGUAUGUGACUGAUAUAAAGGCAGAAGAUAUAGAGGAAGAAGAAGAGACGUAUGUGACUGAUAUAAAGGCAGAAGAUAUAGAGGGAGAAGAAGAGACGUAUGUGACUGGUAUAAAGGUAGAAGAUAUAGAGGAAGAAGAAGAGACGUAUGUGACUGAUAUAAAGGCAGAAGAUAUAGAGGGAGAAGAAGAGACGUAUGUGACUGAUAUAAAGGCAGAAGAUACAGAGGGAGAAGAAGAGACGUAUGUGACUGAUAUGAAGGCAGAAGAUAUAGAGGGAGAAGAAGAGACAUAUGUGACUGAUAUAAAGGCAGAAGAUAUAGAGGGAGAAGAAGAGACGUAUGUGACUGAUAUAAUGGCAGAAGAUAAUGAGGGAGAAGAAGAGACGUAUGUGACUGAUAUAAAGGCAGAAGAGACAUAUGUGACUGAUAUAAAGGCAGAAGAUAUAGAGGGAGAAGAAGAGACGUAUGUGAGGGGUGAUCAGCAGUGUAAGGAGGAGGAAAUCCCUACAGAUAUCAGCACAGCAGAUGGACACACAAGCAGGAAUAUCUCAGAAGGACAUCUAAUGUUAUCCCCAGAUUGUGACAUAAAAGAUAAUGACAGUAUACAGGAUUCUCCAGGAGAUAACCCCAUUACCCCAAUUAUACAUCCAGCUCUAUCAGCUGAUCCCCCUGAUCCUGGAAAAUGUUCUCCUGAUCACUCUGAUAUUGGUGCAUCUGUUACAGCUCUGAGAGUAAAUACAGAGUUUCCGUGUUCUAUAGAUGCCAAAUAUGUUACACAGAACACAAAGAUUAUUACCCAUCAUCCAGCUAAGGCAGGUGAGAGGCCACUGAUAUGUUCUGAGUGUGGGAAAUGUUUUACAGACAAAUCAGGUCUUAUUACACAUCAGAGAAAUCACACAGGUGUGAAGCCAUUUUCAUGUUCUGAGUGUGGGAAAUGUUUUGCAUAUAAAUCAGGUCUUAUUACACAUCAGAGAAAUCACACAGGUGUGAAGCCAUUUUCAUGUUCUGAGUGUGGGAAAUGUUUUGCAUUCAAAUCAGAUCUUCUUAGACAUCAGAGAAGUCACACAGGUGAGAAGCCAUUUUCUUGCUCUGAGUGCGGGAAAUGUUUUGCCCGGAAAUCACAACUUGUUACACAUCAGCGAAGUCACACAGGUGAGAAUCCAUUUUCAUGUUCUGAGUGUGGGAAAUGUUUUACAUGCAACUCAUAUCUUGUUAUACAUAAGAGAAGUCACACAGGUGAGAGGCCAUUUCCAUGUUCUGAGUGUGAGAAAGGUUUUGCACGGAAAUCACAUCUUCUUACACAUCAGAGAAGUCACACAGGUGAGAAUCCAUUUUCUUGCUCUGAGUGUGGUAAAUGUUUUGUAAGUAAUUCACAUCUUGUUAUACAUCAGAGAGGUCACACAGGUGAGAAGCCAUUUUCUUGCUCUGAGUGUGCGAAAUGUUUUGCACGGAAACCAGAUCUUACUACACAUCAGCGAACUCACACAGGUGAGAAGCCAUUUCCAUGUUCUGAGUGUGGGAAAUGUUUUGCACUCAAAUCAGAUCUUAUUAAACAUGAGAGAAGUCACACAGGUGAGAAGCCAUUUUCUUGCUUUGAGUGUGGGAAAUGUUUUACACAGAAAUCACAACUUGUUAGACAUCAGCGAAGUCACACAGGUGAGAAACCAUUUCUAUGUUCUGAGUGUGGGAAAUGUUUUGCACACAAAUCAGUUCUUAUUAAACAUGAGAGAAGCCACACAAGUGAGAACUCAUUUCCAUGUUCUGAAUGUGGGAAAUGUUUUCCAUACAAAUCAUCUCUUGUUAUACAUGAAAAGUCACACAUGUGACUUCUCUCAUGUCUUGCUCUGAGUGGGGAAAAUGUAUUACACACAAAUCACAUCUUGUUACACAUCAGCGAAGUCACACAGGUGAGAAGCCAUUUCCAUGUUGUUAGUGUGGGAAAUGUUUUACACAGAAAUCACAUCUUGUUACACAUGAGAGAAGUUACACACAUGAGAGGCCAUUUCCAUACUCUGAGAAAUAAAUCAGCUCUUGUUGCACACAAUAGACAUCACUCAGGUGAGAAACCAUUUUAAUCUUCUGGAGUAUACUUAUCACUGCCAUGCGUUGUUCUUCAAGGUUCUUAUCCUAUCUCCUAUGCAUUUUGCAAUAUACAUGCUACCGCAGGGUGAAACAGACUAAAAAGGAAUUUUCAGGCGCAAAUAUGAAUAUAUAAAAAUGACUAUGGGGUAAAUUUACUAAGG